CCUUGUUGUUCUCUUUCCCUCUGGAGUACAGCUUGAUUCUUUGAACGUACAAACGCUGCUUUGAUUUUCCACUCCUCUCUCGCUGUGACAGAUCCGAAAGAUCUUCCAUAAAUACGAAAGAUUUUUAUUCGAAAACACCUAAAAGAUUUCUUCUAUUACUACAGCAUACAUACAACAACAAAAGUAGAGAAUAUCGGCUCUCUGGAUUCUCUCAAAUUUAGUUAUUUCCGCUCAAUUGGGAAACCCGCUCUUGUGGAUGUGAUCUGUGUAACACCGUUUUCCAGCUGCAUUUAGAGACCUCCGCCAUUGUUCACCACCCUAAGCUUUCUUUAUUCCGCCUCUCCUGUUUAUUCCUUCCAAUCCAAAGUAUUAACUUUGUGUCCAAAGCUGCUUACUUUGGGCGCAAAUUUGUGAUCUUUACCUUCUUUUGAUUUUGGGUUUGAGUCUUUACGCUUGAAUUCAGGUUUAUUAGUGUUGAUUUGAUAUUGGGUAUCUGCGGCUUUUCUCGCUGAAUCUGUGCUUUGCACUUGAACUUAUUAUUGAGGCGAUUUGGUGGAUUUGUCCCGAUUGGGUUUUAUUUGAUCGUGUGAUUCUGAUUGGAGGGCGAAGUCAACUCGUGCUUCCUCAAUCUGAUUUAUUAAUUUGAAGAGUUUGAUGCUUCCUUGCCAAGAUGCAGCAUAAUCAAAGAAGGAAGUCGUCGGUGGAUGUGGACUUCUUUACUGAAUAUGGUGAGGGUAGCAGGUACAAAAUAGAGGAAGUAAUUGGCAAAGGUAGCUAUGGGGUUGUUUGCUCUGCAUACGACACACAUACUGGAGAAAAAGUUGCAAUUAAGAAAAUCAAUGAUAUCUUUGAACACGUCUCUGAUGCCGCUCGCAUCCUUCGUGAAAUUAAACUUCUUAGACUCUUGCGCCAUCCAGAUAUUGUGGAGAUCAAGCACAUCUUGUUGCCACCUUCCAGGAGGGAAUUUAAGGAUAUAUAUGUUGUUUUUGAACUUAUGGAAUCUGAUUUACACCAGGUUAUAAAAGCAAACGAUGAUUUAACCCCAGAACAUUAUCAGUUCUUUCUUUAUCAGCUUCUUCGAGGCCUGAAGUACAUACAUACAGCAAAUGUCUUUCAUCGAGAUCUCAAGCCCAAAAACAUCUUAGCCAAUGCUGACUGCAAACUCAAAAUUUGUGACUUUGGUCUUGCAAGAGUAGCUUUUAAUGAUACUCCUACUGCAAUAUUUUGGACAGAUUACGUUGCAACAAGGUGGUACAGAGCUCCUGAAUUAUGUGGAUCCUUUUUCUCUAAGUACACACCUGCCAUAGAUACAUGGAGCAUUGGGUGUAUCUUCGCAGAACUUUUAACGGGGAAGCCUCUUUUUCCUGGUAAAAAUGUUGUCCAUCAGUUGGAUCUGAUGACCGAGCUGUUGGGAACGCCUUCUUCUGAAGCCAUAGCCAGGGUACGCAAUGAGAAAGCUCGGAGAUACUUGAGCAGCAUGCGGAAGAAGAAGCCCAUUCCCUUCUCGCAGAAGUUCCCUAAUGCUGAUCCACUUGCACUUCGGCUGUUAGAAAAGAUGCUGUCAUUUGAACCCAAGGAUCGGCCUACUGCUGAAGAGGCUCUUGCAGACCCAUAUUUUAAGGGUUUGGCCAAAGUUGAGAGGGAACCUUCUGCCCAACCAGUUUCCAAAAUGGAAUUUGAAUUUGAGAGACGAAGGAUAAUGAAGGAAGAUGUACGAGAGCUCAUUUACAGAGAAAUUCUUGAAUACCAUCCUAAAAUGUUGAAAGAGUUCUUAGAAGGAUCGGAGCCAACAAGCUUCAUGUAUCCAAGUGCUGUUGACCAUUUCAAGAAACAAUUUGCGUAUCUUGAGGAGCACUAUGGAAAUGGCACAGCUGUUACUCCCCCUGAGAGGCAACAUGCAUCGUUGCCCAGGACUUGCGUUUUAUAUUCAGAUAACUCAGUGCAUAAUUCAGCAGAGGUCAUGAAGGACCUUUCCAAGUGUAGCAUCAAAGAAAAUGAGAAGCCACGAAUGGACAGGACUUCUGGGAUCCCCAUGUCCAGACUUCCUCCUCAAGUUCCUCAAAGUGCUCAAGGUGGUGCUGCAAGACCUGGGAAGGUUGUAAGUUCGGUAAUCCGUUAUAACAACUGUGGGGCAGCAGCAGCUGCAGAGGCUCUUGAUCACCGAAGGAUUGUUAGAAGUUCUGCUGUUCCACCUCAAUUCGCUACCUCAACAUAUCCAAUAAGAAACCCUGACUGUAAAAAUGAUAGAGAAGAAGAUGAAGUGGUUGCAGGUUCUAAUAGAUUGCAACCAAAGCCACAGUACAUGGCUGGGAAAGUCGCCACUGCUCAAGGUCGAUCUGGAAGUCAAUGGUAUUGAUUCCAAUGUGUUUUUCUUUGAAUUCAACCGCGACAUCAACAUUCUACAGUAGCAGUCAUCAAUCGCACAUCAUCCCGGGUUGAUGCAUUCUUGAUGGCAAAUUAGAAGGGGCAAGUGGUAUGAUUUCAUGACUGUAAAAUGUUACAGACAGGAAAUCUAGCGAUAAGUUGUCGCUAGAUACCAAGUCUCUAACCCAAGUGUAGGAUGAUCCUAUCAUGCCAACAAUUCAUGACACUAGCUCUCUCCCCUGGUCUUGAAAAUUGGUGGCACCCCAGUUAUUUGUAGUAAGUUAUUUCUGUUCUUUCCUUUGCUUUUUUUUUUCAAGAUAUGAACCUUUCAUCACUUAGUCCUCCGACUGUAACGGCAAGACAUGACUGCUGUGUAUCUGGUCGUAUCACUACGCGAAUGUUCUCUAUAUAGCUAGUCUACUUUUAACGCAGUGUCGAGAAUGCCAACAUGUAUGCGAUUACAUGUAAAUGUAAUCAAUUUUAGUUAUGGGCUUUGUAAAGCCAAAUAUUGCACCUUCCUAUCGAAGUAGCAUUUGGAGAGCUUUGUGCUA